AUGUCAGCAGUAGAGGCUGAGACGAACGACCAGGUUAUUACUGGCAAGGUUCUUGUUUCUUCCGUUCCUGCUUUAUCCCUCUUUGAUUCUGGAGCCUCCCACUGUUUCUUGUCUCGUCGAUUUGCGAGUGCCCAUUCUCUUCCUAUAGCUUCUCUGACCACGGGCUGGAAUAUCAACACUGGUAGUGGCGUCUUAGUGGCAUCCAGUGGUUAUGAAGCAUGCCCUGUGGUUAUCUGCGGGAGGGAACUCUUUGCAGACUUUUUGGUGAUAGAUUUGCCGAGUUUUGAUGCAGUAUUUGGGAUGGAUUGGUUGGGGUCAUUCUUUGCCACCAUUGAUUGUCGCCGUCGGAGCAUAGUAUUCGAGAUACCGGAUCACCCGAGAUUUGAGUUCACCAGUGGCAGCGCAUCGACCGGACCUGUGGAGUUCAGAGCUAGACCGAAGAAGGUGACGUUAGCUGCAAUGCAAGUGGAAUCUGAGAAGCCAGUUGUAGUUCGGGAAUUUGAAGACGUGUUUCCCGACGAUAUUUAUGGAUUACCGCCGGAUCGGGCGAUUGAGUUUUCCAUAGAUUUGAAACAUGGAGUUGCGCCGAUCUCCAAGACCCCUUAUCGUAUGCCUCCGGCAGAGUUGGCCGAGCUUCGGACUCAGUUGGAUGAUCUUUUGCAGAGAGGGUUGAUACGACCUAGUGUAUCGGCCUAA